AUGCUCAGACUCUCGCUACUCGCCAUGCCAGGGUGUUGGUACCUCUCCCCGCUGCCGAUGGUAUCGGUCUGGAGAACGAUGUUUUUUUGUCUCUUUGUUGUCGAGGCGUUAGCAUUAGUUCCUAGCAGCACGUCCAGGACAGCAUUUUCCGCCCCCCCUGCUGCUGGAACAAGCGGGCAGCCGGCACAUGAAAGGUGCAGCUCCCGAGGGAUUGUUGCUCGAUCACGGCUGCCGGCAAGCAGAAGCGCGUGGGGCGCACGCUUGAGUGUUGAUGGGUGUUUUGAAGAUGUGCCAGGAGAUUCAACAGCGUGCGUUGUGGGACGUGAUGUCUGCACCGCCGGCGACAACAGCAACACCGGCGCCGGUAAGGGAGGAACAACGGGGUUGGCGAGGGGCGGCGAGACGGGCGGAGAUGGCCGAAAUGUGCGUCGUUUGCUGGCGAUUCCGCCUCUACUGGUUGUUGUGGCUACGGGAAGAAGUCUCGCUGCGACCGCCGCUGUGACUGGAGGCAGAAUAGGUGGCGGAGGCUACUCCGCCCCGGCCGCCGCGGAGCGCACGCCAAGUGCCCCUCCCAUGCAGCAGCAACGGGAGUACCAGCCGCCCCAGCAGCAGCAACAAGGACAAUACCAACGGCCAAGGGCUGGUCGAGACAUCUACGGCUCCGAAGGAAGCCGGUUUCAUAUCAGUUUUGAUGGAGGAAGAGGAGGGAGGCGAUCAACCCGCGCCCGCUUCAACCCGUACGACGGCGAUGCGCCUUCCACGUCCAUCACUCCCGGCGACGUCGCCAUGAUCGGCGGGGUUAGCGCCGCCGUGGCGGCCGUUCAGCGUUACAACAGAAAACGCUUUGUCGACGAAGAAGGUUCCGGCCAGCGUCCCUCCGCGCCACUGCCGCCACGUUCUGGCCGGGGAGGGAGCUCGCAAACGGCCGUGGUGACGACGCUACAGUUGAGUUUGUAUUGCGACCGCCAGGGGGGACAGGGGGACGUGUUGGCUACGCUGGACAAGCUCUCACAGACGGCCGAUGUUAACAGUCCGAGAGGGUUGUCCACCCUUAUCAAUGAGGUGUGCCUGACGCUGCUUCGAUCGGGCAGAGAUUGGCUUGGAGGCGCUGGAAGCGUCAAAGUAUACGCCUCGGAAGGCCGUUCGAACAGCAGAGGGAAGAAGUCCUCCACCGUGUCCAGGGCAAAGCGCGACUUCAACCGAGCCGCCAUGCGCGAGCGAUCAAAGUGGGAGCGGGAGACGGUGUCUAACACCCCCGACCGAGGGUUCAGCAGCAGCACCGCGCCUUCAUGGGGGGGGUUCAGCUCCCAGAAGAGCGGAACAUACGCGGUAGCGACGCUGAUCGUGGCGUGGUCGGGUUUGAACAGCACCCCUCCUCGGGCUGAGCCGCGAAGAGGCAGCUGGUUCACGCGGGAUAGUCGCGAUCGCGACGAUGACCGAGGCGUGGAGUUCUCGGUGGUGAACAGGCAGUCCGCGCUGACCCUCCUGGAAUGGCUAGGGGACGAGGCCGCGGAAGGGCGGGGAGAAAACGUGUUGGACGUAGAGGUGCUAUGGACUCCCGCGGACCCAGAUGAUUCUUUGGACCGGGAAGAUUUGGACACGAAAUGGCCGGAGCUAAGAGCACUCUGAUGGGAUGGAGACACCGGGGGACGGGAGGAGCGCACUUCCGUCAACGCGCAGUUUUUCCGUGGCACAUAUAAAGUUGACUGCUAAGACUGCGGGCACGUGUACAAGUUUUAGAGAAGAUUAUGAUGUUGGGAAUGAUGCAUUGUAGCUUUGUUGUGGUAGAGACGUUUCACGUUCAUUCCUCGGGCUACGCGCACGUGUGUCGGGCGCAUAUUUAUGUACCAAAGUGUUAUUUAGCUAUUUAGAAGCUAUUUAGAAGGCCCGGCGACGCAGAGUCUACCUCGGAAAUCGCAAUUUGUAGAUAUAGACUAUAAUAGGAAAUAUUGAGGGCGUUCCCAUGUUGUUAGGCUGAGUCUUACGGUGUGAUUAUUUCCGGAUUGGAUUUGGGGGGGGGUCCUUUUCUGAGCCAACAAAUAAUUUGGGCGGGUAGGAAAAUGGCAUUUUCCAACAGCCCAACACCCAACAGCGCAGUUUCCAACAGCGAUUCUGGCCGUCCUGUUCGAAUAUUGAAAAUUGGCCUAUUUUCCAACAGCGAUCCUGUUGGAAAAUCGCUGUUGGAAAUGAGGAGGGGUACCCCCUGGUCACACCCCGAUCGUGCCAGAACGAGGAACUACACCGUCUGCUGGCCAAACAGAGGCCAGAAUCAUGAGGCCAUGCACAAAACCUCUACAGGUAUCUAAAAUUCAGGGCGUUCUGCGUCGUGUUGGCCGCACACGAGCCGAAAACGUCAACC